CCCAAUAGCUCUAGUUCAACAUUUUUCAAGUACCGUGCAAAAAAGAAAUAAUAGGUUGUUUUAAUGGUGCAUCUUAUUGGAAGAGAAUGGGUGCAAACAUUUCCCAGCUCGAGCGCGACAUUGGCUCCGAUCAAUUUCCACCGAACGAACACUACUUUGGACUGGUCAAUUUCGGUAACACCUGCUAUAGCAACUCGGUACUGCAGGCACUCUACUUCUGCCGUCCGUUCCGGGAAAAGGUACUAGAGUACAAGGCGAAAAACCGGCGCACCAAGGAAACGCUACUGUCCUGCCUGGCCGACCUGUUCUACAGUAUUGCGACGCAAAAGAAGAAGGUCGGCUCGAUUGCACCGAAAAAGUUUAUCGCCCGACUGCGGAAGGAGAAGGAAGAGUUCGACAACUACAUGCAGCAGGAUGCGCACGAGUUCCUUAACUUUCUCAUCAAUCACAUCAACGAAAUUAUACUGGCCGAGCGCAACCAGGCCAAGACGGCCGGUGCCAGUGGUGGUGGUGGUGGUGGUGCGACGGGCGGUAAGGGUGCUGGUGCGACGGCCACCGCCAACGGGAUAGCUGCGAACGGGAAUGGAACGUUGAAUGGAUUGAUGGAGGGUGGUUGUAGCGCCGGCAACGGAGUCACCGGUACCUCCGGUGGCAACACCGAACCAACCUGGGUGCACGAAAUCUUUCAGGGAAUACUGACGAGUGAGACGCGCUGCCUCAACUGUGAGACGGUCAGCAGCAAGGACGAGAACUUUUUCGACCUACAGGUGGACGUCGACCAGAACACCAGCAUAACGCACUGUUUGCGUUGCUUCAGCAACACUGAAACGCUCUGUAGUGAUAACAAAUUCAAAUGUGAUAACUGUUGCAGCUACCAGGAGGCGCAAAAGCGGAUGCGCGUCAAGAAGCUGCCCAUGAUACUGGCUCUCCAUCUGAAGCGGUUCAAGUACAUGGAGCAGUACAACCGGCACAUCAAGGUGUCGCACCGUGUCGUGUUUCCGCUCGAGCUGCGACUGUUUAAUACGUCCGACGAUGCAGUUAAUCCGGACCGGUUGUACGAUCUCAUGGCGGUAGUCAUACACUGCGGUUCCGGUCCAAACCGUGGCCAUUACAUUAGCAUUGUAAAGAGCCACGGGUUCUGGCUCCUGUUUGACGACGAUAUGGUAGAUAAAAUUGAAGCUUCCACCAUUGAAGAUUUUUACGGGUUAACGUCGGACAUUCAAAAGUCUUCGGAAACCGGUUACAUUCUGUUCUACCAAUCGCGGGAUUGUGCGUAGGGCGUAGGGAC